CCCAAUCUCCCCAGAGAGAGAGAGCCCCAAGCCAAGAUCCGCGCGAAGCAAGUCACCCGGCGAAGCACCGGCUCCCAUGGCCGUGGACCUGAUGGGCUGCUACGCCCCGCGCCGCGCCAACGACCAGCUCGCCAUCCAGGAGGCGGCGGCGGCCGGGCUCCGCAACCUGGAGCUGCUGGUGACGUCCCUGUCCACGCAGGCCGCCGCGCCGCACAGAGCCGCUGAUCAGCCGUUCGGCGAGAUCGCCGGCCAGGCCGUCUCCAAGUUCCGCAAGGUCAUCUCCAUCCUCGACCGCACGGGGCACGCCCGCUUCCGCCGCGGGCCCGUCGAGCCGCCGCCGCCGACGCCGCCGCCGCCUCCUGUCGUCCCCGGUCCUGCCCCCCUGGCGGCCGUCAGCGUGGCGCAGCCGCCGCAGAGCCUGACGCUGGACUUCACGAAGCCGAACCUGGCCGUGUCGGCCGCCACGUCCGUCACCUCCACGUCCUUCUUCUCGUCGGUCACGGCCGGCGAGGGCAGCGUCUCCAAGGGCCGGAGCCUCAUGUCCUCCGGGAAGCCGCCGCUGUCCGGCCACAAGCGGAAGCCCUGCGCCGGCGCCCACUCCGAGGCCACCACCAACGGCAGCCGUUGCCACUGCUCCAAGAGAAGGAAGAACCGCGUGAAGAGGACCAUCAGAGUGCCGGCGAUCAGCUCGAAGGUCGCCGACAUCCCUUCGGACGAGUACUCGUGGAGGAAGUACGGCCAGAAGCCCAUCAAGGGCUCCCCUUACCCACGGGGCUACUACAAGUGCAGCACUGUGCGGGGAUGCCCGGCGAGGAAGCACGUGGAGCGGGCCACCGACGACCCGGCCAUGCUGGUGGUGACGUACGAGGGCGAGCACCGCCACACGCCGGGCGCGGUCCAGGGGCCGAGCCCCCUGGCGACCGCGUCGCCGGUGCCCGUCGCCGUCUCCGCCGGCAACGGGCUCGUUGUCUAGUCUACUAAAAGCUAGGAUUAGCUUCUCGUCUUCUUUGUUUUUUUUUUGUUUGAGCUGAUGUCCGUGUAAAACAAGGAAGAAGGUUGUAGAAAGAGGGAGAGGAGGACACCGGAAUUUCGAUGCCG